AUGGACAACCAGAAGGAUCGCAUUGAAUCCAUGCGCCUGAUUCUACGGGUCAUGCAACUAUUUGGCCUGUGGCCUUGGUCCUUAAACUCAGGAAAGGAUUGGACUUUCUCUAGUUUCCUGCAACACAACUAUCGUUUCCUGCUGCAUCUGCCCAUCACCUUUACCUUCAUUGGACUAAUGUGGCUGGAGGCCAUCAUAUCCAGUAACCUGGAGCAGGCUGGCCAAGUGCUCUACAUGUCCAUCACCGAAAUGGCUUUGGUGGUAAAGAUCCUGAGCAUCUGGUACUAUCGAACUGAAGCCUGGCAACUGAUGCACGACCUUGAGCAUUCCUCGGACUACCAACUUCGCAAUCAGGAGGAAAAGGAUUUCUGGCACCGAGAGCAACAAUUCUUCAAAUGGUUCUUCUAUAUCUACAUCCUGAUUAGCUUGGGUGUGGUAUAUAGUGGCUGCACUGGGGUGCUUUUCCUGGAGGACUACGAACUGCCAUUUGCAUAUUACGUUCCUUUCGACUGGCGAAAUGAGAGGAGAUACUGGUUUGCAUAUGGCUACGAUAUGGCGGGAAUGACGCUGACUUGUAUAUCGAAUAUAACCCUGGAUACAUUGGGGUGCUACUUCUUAUUCCACAUCUCUCUUUUGUACCGAUUGCUUGGAUUGCGAUUGAGGGGUCUUAAGAAUACUGAAGAUGAUUCCCAUUUUGGCCAGGAGUUACGAGGAAUUUUUAUUUUACACCAGAAAGUCAGAAGGUUAACCCAAUCCUGCGAGGCAAUUGUAUCACCUUAUAUCCUAUCUCAAAUAAUUUUAAGUGCACUGAUCAUCUGUUUCAGUGGUUACCGCCUUCAACACGUGGGAAUUCGAGACAAUCCCGGCCAGUUUAUAGCCAUGUUGCAGUUCGUGAGCGUGAUGAUUCUGCAGAUAUUCCUGCCCUGUUACUAUGGCAAUGAAAUUACAGUUUACGCCAAUCAGCUGACCAACGAGGUGUAUCACAUAAAUUGGCUGCAAUGUCGUCCUCCAAUUCGCAAAUUACUCAAUGCUUACAUGGAGCACUUGAAAAAACCUGUGACCAUUCGCGCUGGCAACUUCUUCGCCGUUGGAUUGCCCAUAUUUGUUAAGACUAUCAACAACGCCUACAGUUUCUUUGCUCUGUUACUUAAUGUAUCGAAAUAA